CAUUAGUCUGGAGAUUACCAAAUCUCAGGAUAAUUCUCGGAGAUAUCUGAGUAAUUACCCAUCAUUGGAGGACAUAAAGCAGACGAAUUUCUUAGAGUUUUUUAAGAAAAUAGCUAGAAAGGAUAUCCAAAAAGGUAUUAUUAAACAAAUGAUUUCUAGAGCAACACAGGCAAAAGUAAUUUAUCCCUUUACACCCAGAAUUAUGAAGACAUUGACUCUAAAGGAUAGGAUUAAGCAAAAAGGUGUGUUGCUCAAGCUGCAGAUUUUUGUAUAAACACUUUAGGCAUAAAUAAAUUCUCCUCAAAAACUUAUAUAGAACAGCCGAAGCCAAACCUGAAAGUAUCUGAGAAGAUCCCUUCGCUAAAGAUCAUUAACGGUAAUAACGGUUGAGGGUAUGGCUCAUGCAAACCUGGUAAUUUGAGGACAGACAAGAAUUAUAUCAAAUAUAAAAGUUCUGAGAAGUAAUAUUCGUCAUCAUUUUAGUCACUCUAAGUUGAUUAAAAAUCAAUUCCUAAAAAGGAGGAGGAAGAAAGUCGAUCUUGGCACUUGAGCAAAUCAGUUUCUAGCACCUUCAGACCAACCUGUGAAUAUAAGGUUUCAGAAUUUAAAACUACCAACGAUUGAUGAAAGGAGUAGCAGGAAACCCCCUUCAAGAACUAGAGAGCCUUCUAGUAACAGCGGGACACCUUCUGAAGCUGGGAUGAAUUAUUUAGUACCAAACUUUGAUUAUACCAGUGAGAAUUCCCACCAGUCAGCUCGUGAAAGCGAAUCUUCGAACAAAAAUAUGUACAUGAACGUUAUCAUCAAGCGGAAUCCCAGCAAUGAGGAUAUUUCAGAAUCUUUUAACCCUGACUAUGGAUAUAAUGAGCUUUAGUGGUCUGUCAA